AUGGUUUUCUCAGACUCGCCAGAUGGAGACUCUUCCGGUGUAGCCUCCAUGCACAAAGCUGAUCGAACACACACUAGCCAAGUUGCCAACACCAGUAAUGAAUACUGCCGUCACCAAGACCCUCAGAGGCGUCUGAGUCUGGUUUCCUCGUCUGAUGCAGACAUUCGAUUCGCAGGAAAACGUACUUCAUUCUCCUCCCAAAAUUUGAGACAGCACCAAACCAUUGGUCUGAGGACCAAAAAGUAUCUCAUUCCGCGUUUACUGUCUCACCGGAAGGUCGCUCUUGCAACGCUGCACCCACUUUCGGCAGCGGUUAUGAAUGACAUGCACUACCUAUUAAAGGCAAAAAUCUUUUUUUUAAAUCUCUGGCUUGGUUACGAAAAAACCGAUUUUGUAGAAUGGAAAAGUUCUCUUUUUAAGGCUCAUAUCACCCCGAAGGCUCAUUUCCAAAAUGUGGACCAUGUCAUUCUCCGAACCAUGAUAAAGGUUGGUAUCAUCGCGCAAAGACUUAUGGAUGACAAAGAAGCCGUGGCCCAAAUGCGUCAAAUUGAAUGCCUCAGUAGGAAGUUUGCAUCGGUUUUUUCCAAUCUGGUUAACACUGCAGAGAAUGCUGGAACAUCAAGCUCAUGUUUGGACGUCUCUAUGGUUCCAGACGUUUUAUCCAGGCUCCAGGAGGCCCUCAAUAACCUGAUUGAGGGUCGACUUAGCGAAAAAUCGAUUACGCAAAUGAAUUCUGUUUUCGAAGAGCUCCAAGACAUCGAACUGUGGCAAGCGGUCUUUGACUACUCAAGUUCCGGGUCUGAGGAUUGGCAGUUAGCCCGUAAUUUGCGUGACUCUUUUAAUGAGCUACUCAAAGCAAAACUACUUUGA